AAUUGGAAACUUUUUAUGGUUUUGAAUGUUGAAUUUGAUGACUAAUUUAACAACAUCCAAUGGAUAAAGAAACCAUGUCCACCAAUUUUGGUCUAUCAAGAACUUUGAAAAGGACAGGCAGUUUGUCUUCGAGAACGGUCAGGAUAGUGAUUUUGGGCCAAGCGGCUGUUGGCAAAACUGCAAUGGCUGUGCGAUUUAUCACUAGAAGAUUCAUUGGCGAGUAUGACCCAACGCUCGAGACCAUAUACAGACAUGAGAUGUCUAUUGGUGGUGAUGUGGUACACUUUGAAAUACUGGACACAGCAGGGCAGGAGGAAGAUGCCCUGCUGAUCGAAGAGAAGAUAAAGUGGGGAGAUGGAUUUGUGAUUGUGUACUCUGUAACAGAUAGGUGUAGCUUUGACGAGGUCAUGCGUCUCUGUUUCCUCGUCAAUCACAUCCACUCCUCUUCAGGCGCCCGCAAGUGCAGCCCUGAGCCUCCACCCAUAGUUAUUGUGGCCAACAAGAAGGACCUUGAGUUUGACCGAAUGGUGAGCACUGAGGAUGGAGAAGGCCUGUCACAGGGCCUAAAACUGCCCUUCCAUGAGAUUUCAGUGCGUGACGGAUGGGAAGAGACAGCUGCCGUCUUUAGUGUUCUUUAUGGAGAUGUGAUCCAGCAGCUUGACACUUCCCCAGCCUCAUUUCGCAGGAGAGCAGUCUCCAAGCUGAUGGAGAAGAUCCCCAGGAUCAACUCCAAUCCUCCUGGCACCCCUGGCCGCAGCUUCAGCUUCAGCUCAUUCAGGGACUUCCUGCCUGACUGAGCCGGAUGGGUUGGGGCUCUGAACAGCGUCUGUGAUUUGGGUAUUCACAGGGGGAAAGUGAAACAUGUUGUUUUGGCAGCGUGCCUCUCUAGAAUAGCUGUGUUAGUGCUCUAUGGAAAGUGAUACACCUGGAUACCUGGAUAAGAGACUUGGACACAUUCGAUCGGAAGAUGGACCUAGCAACUACUGUAGAAUGUAAUUCUAUAAAUAUUUGUGGGGAUAAGAUUAAAAUCAAGCGUAAUAAGAGUAUUACAAUUCUGUUUGUUGUUCAUGUCUCAUCAA